CUUUCCCUUCAACUAGAGUAUGCAGACACAUUUUGCCCGGAUAACCUUUCCCAGCAGUCGCCCUGUUUUGCCGGUUUCCCCAAUAACCAUAACGCAUCCAAUUCCACGAAAAUGAUUCUUGUUCAACACUUCUUAUUUGUCAUAAGCCCGCUAGUCUAAAUUCCACUGGUUUCAACCAUUUUCUGCCGAUUUAAACUGAGAAACUCAGAGCGACAAGGCUAUGUCUGCGAUAGCGGUUUGUUCACAUAUAAUCUGCAGAGAGAAUUACCAGCAUCAGUGGAUGAUCAGUAGCGGAGGAACUACUUUGUUUUCGUUGAAGAGUACGACUGGGACUAGUUGGAUUGAACGCAGAAAGAGAGAAGGAGAAGGGAAGAGGAAAGGAAGGAGGAAUGUACGAGUAGAAGCGCUCUGGCCAGAUUUGUCAAGACCCACUGUACUUGAGUUGGAACCCAUCACAGAUACUGAUCAUCUCGAUCAAAUUCUUCUAAAUGCUCAACAAAAUUCCCAGCCCAUUCUCAUCGAUUGGAUGGCUGCUUGGUGCAGGAAAUGCAUAUACUUGAAGCCCAAGUUGGAAAAGCUGGCUGCUGAGUAUCACAAUAAGCUCAAAUUUUAUUGUGUGGAUGUUAACAAAGUACCUCAAUCCCUAGUAAAGCGUAGUAACAUCUCUAAAAUGCCAACAAUUCAGCUGUGGAAAGACGGAGAGAUGAAAGCAGAAGUUAUUGGUGGACACAAGGCCUGGAUGGUGAUUGAAGAAGUGAGAGAAAUGAUCCAAAAGUUCGUAUAAGAUUAUAUAGCAUUCGUUGUCUUCUAUUCCCAAAAGAAAACAGCAUUCCUGUAAUGCCUUUGACUGCUUUUCUAUAUGCCAGUGUUAUGAAGCUGUGUAUAUCAAGGACGAACCUUGCAAUACCUCGAGAUAAUUGAACAUGGAAAAGAAAAAACAGAGUUUAUAUCGUAA